AUGGCACCUCGCCGCGUCCUCCCCCUCCUCGUCGGGGCGCUCCUCCUCGUCCUCGGCCUCGCCGUGCGGGGCGAGGCCGACGCACCCCGCCUCCGAGGCUCCGUCGCCUGCCUCGACUGCGCCGCGGGGCACGACCUCUCCGGUGUGGUGGUCGCGGUGAGAUGCGCCGACGGCGGCGGCGCGGGCCUCCUCCGCGCGGCGCAGACGGACGCCCGCGGCGCGUUCGACGUGGCCAUGCCAGCGGCAGUGGCGCCGUCGUCAUCGGCCCCGGCCACGCCGUGCGCGGCGAGGGUCCUCGGCGCCACGGAGCAGCUCUGCGCGCCGCGGGGGCUCGCGGUGGCGCGCGUCGUCCCGGACCGGGCGCCUGGCCCCUCCUCGUCGUCGUCCUCCUACGCGCUGGGCUCCCCCCUCGCCUUCUUCACGAUGAGGUGCCGUCCAGCUAGCGGCGGCUCUGCUGCCGCGGCGACCAUGGACGCCCCUGACCAGCAGCGGCAGCGGGAUGCCCCGCGGGUGCCGCCGGAGGCAAGGCCCGCGCCCCCGGCGAUGCAGGCGCCGGUGGGCGCUCCCCCGCGCGCCGGAGGCAUCACCAGCCCGCCGCCAUUCGGCGUGGGAGGAGGGCUGCCUCUCAUCUUCUUCUUCCCGUUCAUCCCCAUCAUCGGCAUCCCCUGA